ACUCUUUUUUUUUUUCUUUUCACUCAUGUUGAAGAAACGCGUCACCUUCCGUGAACCGCUCUUCUCGCAAUCAACACAGUCAUCAACGUCGUCGUCGCAGAUAUCGUGUGCACAGAGCAGCUUGCUGAGGUCGUCGCCGUACGCUGCCCAGCCGUUGAGUGUUUUGACACAGACAGGACCGGACGUGCGCGCAGCGUCCACCGCAGCGAUGGCCGCCCUGCGCCAUGCCACUCUCCUCCAAGACAAGGCAUCCAGCUUGACCAUUGCAUCAUCAUCAUCAUCAACGACAGUUGUGGCUGCAUCGGUGCCGGAGCGCGACGAUCGGUCAGUGUUGCAAAACUGCUCGCCAGUUUGCAAGAGCAGCAGCAGCAGCAGCAGUCCACCCCGCAAUCCGCGCACACACCCCCUUGAAUCCGCAAGAGUGCGUCCCACGGCAACAAUCAGCACUCCAGGCACCAGCGCGGCAGACGUCGCAAGCCGUGCUGUUGCAGCGUCGGUCUCGGCGUUGAACUUGCAAGAGAGUGAAACAACCAAUCUGAAACAAGCUUCCACGAGUUUUCCCGCGCUCACGUCAUCCGCAGCACCCGCCGACGCUCGGCCCACCGACGCCUCCCCUGCAGCGCUGGGUCAGCAGCGUGGCCGAAGCGGGUCGCCGCAGCGGGUGGCGUGCGAAGCAGAGGACAGCGCGGAGUUGGACGAGGUGUGCUUGCUUGCAAUCGAGCAGCUCGAGCAGCAGCCGCAGCAGCAGCCAAAACCCACCACGCCGGUGCCAGUGCGGACGGUGCUCGCCGCGGGUCGGACUGGGCCGUCUGUGCGUCGCUUGUCGCUGGUUGGACGUGUGCCCGAGCUGCCCGGCGGCGAGUCGCGCGUGCUGGCGUUUGUCGGAGAAGCUGCAGCCGCGGUGACAAGCUUGUCAAUUUCAUCAAUCGCAUCCAUGUCACCCCAACCGCACAUUCAAUCCCCGCUCGUGUCGUCCCCGCCCUUCUUGCAGUCCCAGGGUCAAGCUGGAGAAGCCGCUGCCGCUGCGCCUCAGUUGCGCAAAUCGCCAGCCAAGCGCACGCAUGCAGAAUCCGAGGCAGCGCCGCCGCAAGGCGAGGUCAUUUGGCUUGACAGCCAGCCCAACCACCCGGCAUCCGAGCAAGAAGGCGAGAUAUCCAUGUCAACUCUCCCAGCCACGAGUCGACCAACAUCACAGCAACCGCAACAAUUGCCAGUGCAGCGGCCGAUCCAACAAGCUCAACCUCAAAAUCAGUCGCCACAACCUCGACAACCACCACAGCAGCAACCUCAACAACCACAAGCACAACAACCACAACAACAAGCACACCAACCACCACAGCAGCCACAACAGCAACAGCAACAACCAUUAGAUGCCUCGCCAACAAAACGCCCGCGAAUGGACGUGUCCCCAUCGUCAGCCCGCAAACUCAAGGGACGCCUCACAUUUACGUCGCCAGAUGCGUCUCCCACAAAGACGAGUACCAGCAGCUCUGUGAUGCAUGGCACAUCGCCCCCAAUGGACACGCGAGGCCACGUCGCUGGCGAUCACACAAACAAACAGACAACCGCAAUGCCUACACCAGACAACACGCCGUCACCCAGCUUUCGUCGAGCACUGUUCAACCGCCCAGGGUCACCACUUGGACAGACACCGCCCGGAGUAGGCGCGGGAUUUGCAGGCGCGGCACCUGCAACUGCAAAUUCCACCACCAGCGUCUCGCCACCUGCCGCUCGUGCAGUCCCCCGCCAACAACAGCAACAACAGCAACAGCAACAUCAACUACUCGGGAGUGUUCCGCAUUUUCCCGCACGCGCCGUUGCUGGAGGACUAGCGUUCGCAUCCGCUGCUCGAAGCAGAGAUGCGGACAAACUUGGCAUCUACCAGAAGGCUGCCACUGUGCUUGCGCCAGUCCUGACCAAAUUGCAAGUGCGCACCUGCUGCACCCUGCUUGAGGUGAUUUCGACGCUGCUGGCUGCACACCACCCACACUUUGCGCCUCCCACCCAAGUACUCCGGCAUCAGCCAGAUCCGAGUGCUCGAGCCGCUGCAGCCCUGCCCGUUUCCAUCCCUGUGCACGCCACGGCACCGACAGCCUCGACUGCCCUUGUUCUAUCCAUUGCAGACCUGCGGUUUAUUCUUGAAAAGUACCGGUCGCUGGCGACUGCCAACCCUCCCGCGUCGUCCAUCGGCGCCAUGCUCGCGUCCAGCGCGUACUCUGACGCCCAUCGUCGCAAGCACCACCAUUCCGGCGAAAUCGUGUCAUAUCUGCCGGAUCUCGCGCUCUCCGAGCUGCUGAUCUUUCUCGACUGUGUUGUGUUGCUCGUCGACCACCACAUUACCAAUCGCGAGUUUGUAAAUUACCUGUUUUCCACCAUGCACGUUGUCUGAUGCAUUGUUUUCUGU